AUGGACACCCUCCGCAGCGCCCUCCAACCCCUAACCACCAACCUCCCCACCCCCAUCCGCAACCUCGGCAUCUCCCUCAUCGGCGAAACAUGCUACCAAACCCUCCUCCUGGACAUCGACCUCACCAACCAAGCCUGCCUCAAACUCGCCGUCUCCAAGGGCCUCGGCAUCGCCAUCAUCGCCGCCUCCUCCAUCGUCAAAAUCCCACAGAUCCUCAAACUCCUCUCCUCCAAAUCCGCCUCCGGCAUCUCCUUCCUCUCCUACCUCCUCGAAACCUCCGCGUACCUCAUCGGCCUGGCCUACAACGUGCGCCAGGGCUUCCCGUUCAGCACGUUCGGCGAGACGGGCCUGAUCAUGGCGCAGAAUGUCGUUAUUGCGGUGUUGGUGCUGAAUUAUAGCGGGAAGGCGACGGGGGGUGCGGUGUUUGUUGCGGGCCUGGCGGCGGCGGCGUAUGCGCUGUUUAGUCCGAACGUGGUUGAUAUGCCUACUUUGGGGUAUUUUCAGGCGGGUGCGGGCGUGCUGGGCGUGGCGAGUAAACUUCCGCAGAUUUUGGCGGUUUGGAGGGAGGGUGGGACGGGGCAGUUGAGCGCGUUUGCUGUUUUCAACUACCUCCUCGGCUCGCUCUCCCGAAUUUUCACGACUCUACAAGAGGUUGAUGAUAAACUCAUCCUCUACGGUUUUGUCGCCGGGUUUAUUUUGAACGCUGUUUUGGCAGCGCAGAUGGCUUAUUAUUGGAAUGCGCCGGAGAAGAAGAGCGUCAAGGGGAGUGGAAAGGCAAAGGUUGCGUUGCCGGCUUCGACGGCGGGUUCUAGCACGGCUACGCCAAAGGGAAAGAGUCCUACGACCAGAAGACGUGGUUGA